AGUCUACAGUCCGCGACCCCAAAAUGGCGAGCCGGGGUACAGUCUCCGGGAGAUAGAGGGAUCGGGUGGCAGACUGAUCUUCCAAGGUCCCUGCGCUCCCGAGACUUGCCGCUUCUCUCGACUGUCAUCGUUUGCUCCCGACACCGCCUCCGCUGUGGCGCAAGCACCUAGAGCUUCCUCCCUAGAAUAGCCUGGAGGCGUGGCUACUCAGAGUCUACCGAGGAAGAGGGAAGUGGCGUCCACGGAGGCCAGAGCUGCGUGAAGUGCCCUUGGGCAGAAGAUCCAUUGAAGGCCUCAAUUAUCAAAGGUGGCACCAGGAAAAUGUCACACAUAGGAGAAAAACUGUUCCUAGAGCAAAUUAUGAUGAGACAUCUGAAGGUGAACAAAUGCUUAUACCCACACUUGGAGGUUUUGUGGGAGACUAAGGGGUCUGUUAAAGAGAGCUCCAGUCAGAGUAAGAAAUCCAGCCCACAGGUGGACAGUCUUGGUCCUGAGAGCGCUCACCAGCACUUCCGGAGCUUUUGUUACCAUGAAGCAGCUGGACCGCUUGAGGCUGUCAGCCAACUUCAGGAAUUAUGCCAUCAGUGGCUAAGGCCAGAGAUCCACUCAAAAGAGCAGAUCUUGGAACUGCUGGUGCUAGAGCAGUUCCUGACCAUUUUGCCCAAGGAUACUCAGAACUGGGUGCAGAAGUAUCAUCCACAGAGCAUCAGAGAGGCUGUGGCCCUAGUGGAACAUUUUCAGAGAGAACCUGGUGGAAUAAGUAAUGAGGUCACAGCCCAUGACCUGGGAAAGGAGGCAGUACUCUUGGGAGGAACACCAGUAAUCCCAGGCUUUAAGUGGAAGCCAGCAGAGCCCCAAGCAAUGGGUAUGUUCCAGAAAGAAUGUUGGAAUACAUACCGGGUACUACAAGAACAGCCGGGCUGGAAAACUCACAAAGAAACCCAGUGUGUAUAUGAAAGAGCUGUGCCUACUCAACAGAUUCUAGGCUUUUCUGAGCAGAAAAGCACCCCAAACUGGAAGAUGGCAUCUGAGCUCAUCUUGCCUGAAUCCCAGAGUUUGUUGACAUUUGAAGAUGUGGCCCUGUCUUUUUCUGAGGAAGAAUGGGAAUUACUGGCACCUACUCAGAAGAUGCUCUACAAUGAUGUCAUGCAGGAAAACUAUGAGACUGUCAUCUCUCUAGGGUUAAAGCUCAAAAAUGACACUGGAAAUGACCCCCCUGUAUCUACUUCUGCAUUAGAAAUACAAACAUCAGGAUGCAAAGUAUUAAGAAAGGCCAGGAUGAAAGUUGCCGAGAAAACAGGCAAAGAAAAUCAUGGUGGUACACACAGGGUACGGAAACGACCUCGAGCUUUUCUAGGGAAGAAGAGAAAGAAACUUUCAACUUGUAAACAAGAGCUUCCAAAAUGUCUGGAUCUUCAUGGAAAAGGACAUGCAGGGGAGAAACCUUUUAAAUGUCAGGAAUGUGGGAAAGGCUUCAGAGUCAGCUCUGAUCUUAUUAAGCACCAGAGAAUUCACACUGAAGAGAAACCCUAUAAAUGUCAACAAUGUGAUAAGCGGUUUAGAUGGAGUUCAGAUUUAAAUAAGCACUUAAUGGCACACCAAGGAAUAAAACCAUAUAGAUGUUCAUGGUGUGGGAAAAGCUUCAGUCAUAACACAAAUCUACACACACACCUAAGAAUUCACACAGGAGAGAAGCCCUUUAAAUGUCAUGAAUGUGGAAAAAGAUUCAUUCAGAACUCUCACCUUAUUAAACAUCAAAGAACCCACACAGGUGAGCAGCCUUAUUCCUGUAGCAUAUGCAGGAGAAACUUCAGCAGACGGUCAAGCCUUCUUAGACACCAGAAGCUUCACAGGAGAAGGGAAUCAUGUCCAGAGUCUCCAGUCUGAAGAAAGUCACCAUAUGGAGCUUGACCCUAGAGGUGAUACAAGAAUACAAAAUUUUGAGUCACCUAAUGAUAGGAUUCUGUCAUCAACAGAAAAUUUGGGAGGGGGACAUGUCAUGCUUCACAUAAAGGAAUCUAAGCGAUCUUCCUUACUCAGCGUUGUAUCUUCAGUGCCUAGCACAAGACUGAUACAUAAUGAAUACUUCAUAAAUAAAGGAAUGAAAAUA